GAGCAGCCGGGCGGAGAGGAGGGCGCCGGGCGCUUUGUUCCGGGGCUGGAGGUGUGGCCGGCGGUGUGGCCGGCUCCGCGCUCGCUUGCCCUGCUGCGCUGCACCCGGGCGCCCGACUCCGACUGUGCGUGGCCUCUGCCCCCCACCAGCCGCCCCAGAGGAACGGUGUGCGGUGAAGUCGCUCGCCACCCCGACCUCAGUGGGGAGGGCCUGGCCACCGCUCAAACUGACUCCUUUGACUGUAGUCACCCCGGGGUUCCUCGGCUGCCCGGGUUUGACUACCAGCAGCAUGGCUACCAGCGCUGUUCCCAGUGACAACCUCCCCACGUAUAAACUAGUAGUGGUGGGCGAUGGAGGUGUGGGCAAGAGUGCCCUCACCAUCCAGUUUUUCCAGAAGAUCUUUGUGCCUGAUUACGACCCGACCAUUGAAGACUCGUACCUGAAGCAUACGGAGAUUGACAAUCAGUGGGCCAUUUUGGAUGUUCUAGACACAGCAGGGCAGGAGGAGUUCAGUGCCAUGCGGGAACAAUACAUGCGAACUGGCGACGGCUUCCUCAUCGUGUACUCCGUCACUGACAAGGCCAGCUUCGAGCACGUGGACCGUUUUCAUCAGCUCAUUCUGCGUGUCAAGGACAGGGAGUCAUUCCCAAUGAUCCUCGUGGCCAACAAGGUGGAUUUGAUGCACCUGAGGAAAAUCACCAGGGAGCAAGGAAAAGAAAUGGCGACCAAACACAAUAUCCCGUAUAUAGAAACCAGUGCCAAGGACCCACCUCUCAACGUGGACAAAGCCUUCCAUGACCUCGUUAGAGUAAUUAGGCAACAGAUUCCAGAGAAAAGCCAGAAGAAAAAGAAGAAAGCAAAAUGGCGAGGGGACCGGGCCACUGGCACUCACAAACUUCAGUGUGUGAUCUUGUGACAGCCUGAAACCCUGGGCAUAGCAACCAUGAACUGCCAGCCCCCGGGACCAGCUCACUGCCUAAUUGCACUGAGAAUCACUUCUAACCACAACCCUUGGCUCUGGACUGGGCACAGGAAGGGAGCGAGGGAGGAUGGGCAGGAGCAGACAGGGUUUGGCUUUGCCACCUCUCCCAGGAGAGCAGCGGCUUCCAAGCCCUUUGCGUGUUGAUUGAGCCCUGUUCCCAGUGUCUUGGUGGCUGUGUUGUCUCUGUUAAGUAGAAAGGGCUGGUUUGCUGUGGAAGUGUUUAUCCACAUCCGAUAUACCAGACAAGCCAUGAACAAGUUUCCUCCCCGUCCAUCCCCAUCCCCAGUGUCUGAGCUCUGGUGUCUUUUGUAGAUUUUUAAAUUAUUUGAGUAAUGAUUAUUUUAUUAAAGAGGUCUGUGCCCACUGCCCGGUGAAGCCUGGGGCUUUGGCAGACCUCUCAGCUAGUGUCUGGAACAGUGCUCUUGUCUUUUUAACCGAGAGUUCCUAGCAGUGCCAAACUCCAGCCAGGCUGGAUGACUGAGAUGGCGGAGGGUAGUGGAGGCCUUGGCAGAGCCCAGGAAGCAAACAGGCCCCAGAGACUGGAGAGAGGGAGACGGUUCAUGUGGAGGUUGAAAAUGCAGAGAGUAGAAAUGCCCUCACUGCUACGCCCACACCCCCACCGCCAUGGAAGGGAGAGCUAGCUGGGACCAUCGCACCCCUAGAGGGAUUUCCUCAUCCUCAAAGUGGGUGAGGCGAGUGGCUGGCUUUGCACAGUGCUCAUUUGCUUUUCAGGCAGUAGGUACAUUCUGCCUUCAGAUGCGACAGGGACCUGGGCUUCUCAGAUGUGUUCCUUCUUGCUUGCUCACAUCCUGUGUGUUGCUGUGCCUCUGACACAAACAUGGCAUGCUCAAGGAGGUAAAAGUGACACCAUCCAGAAAGCUGUUGUCUUUGAUGGCUCUGACCUGAAAGCACCCGAUACUGUAAUCACCGAAGCACCAGGGCCUGAAGCCAUUUCCAUGUGAGUCGGCGGCCAGCCCGUGAGCACACAACCCUCCUGGCAUCAGUAGUACGACUUUCUUUUGGUGCACACUUUCCUUGCCCUCUCUGUCUUAGGUCAAAGGGGAAAGGAGAGUUGAGCUGACAACACAAUCCACACAUUUAUUCCAUCAGGGACACCCCUCUCCUUCCACGAUGCACCCUCCCUGUGGUUCUGCUGCUGGGGCAAAGAUUGGGUUUUUCCAGCUGGGAUCUGAGUGGGGUAACAGCUGAGCCAGGGUGCCCCCUGUGGGAGGGGCGGAAGCUAGUGGGGUCGUUUGCCAGCUCACUGUGCUGGGCCACUCUGGAGAAAGAAACUCGUGGAAAGAAAGCCGAGGCAAGGGGGCACCAAGUGGAUGUCCAGCCUCGUGGUUCUUUUCCCACCCAGAAAGUCCUAAACAGGGUCAUCAUCACAGAAAACCCGCCCAAAGGACAGUUCUGCUACAGAGGGAAAUGAUUGGCAGCUAAAGAUGAAACUUCUUGUCAGAUGCCUUCCCCCGAGCCCCACUUUUUCUGUUCCUAGAAAGGAUACCAAAGAACAUUCCAGAUGAGGUAUCUCACCAUAUCCCGGAUCCUAUAGUAUCUAUGGUUUUUCAACACUAAAAGGACCAGGCUUUCUCCAGGCUGAGCUGUACCCACAGCAGCUGCCACCUAGAGAGAGUGGGACAAAUAGAAGUGAGGUCCAGCUCCGCACAGAAUGCAGAAGCAAAAGGCCCUGCACUCAGGGCAGCAGCCACUGCCAGAAAGGCCCCAUCUCCUGCCACCCGCCACCCGCCACCAGCACACCCCUGCCUCUCUGGAGCAACCUCCACUGUGUCAAGUGGGAAUUCUCACUGGAAGUAGAGCAGUUGCCUAGACCAGAGCCCCGAGUCACACAGGUAACUAGAAGGGAGGCUCCCAGCAUUCCUGUGCCUCUCAGAAGAGGAGGUGCAUCCAGGCCUGUCAUCCAGGGCAUCCCUUCUAAACUGACUCCAUACUGACCAACAUCUGGCAGGCCUUCUACAGUCUCUUAUUCAGGGCUCCUGGUAAGCUCUCAUCUCCCAGAACCCCACUUCUCCAGAAAAUGAGCUGGAUAUGUAACACUCCAGAGUUAGAAAUGAGCCUUUGACAGAGUUUCCAGAGAGGCCAAGUAAGGUACACUCAGCACACCUCCAUCACCAGCCCACGAGGAAAGACAGCCUGGAAACCUGGUUGGCCACAACACCAGGUGACUGGGAACCCUCUAGGUCUAUAGACAAGUUGUCAUUCUGAGGUUCCCUCUGGUGUUUCAGAAAUGUGUGUUCCCAUCAAAUCCCCUGGUGUACGCCCUCCCUGGAAUCCCCUCCCCCUCCCCCUCUAUUGUGAGCCCAGGUUUUCUCCCUUACUGACACCUCCUUAUAGGCUCCUUUCCUCCCCCCUAGCCAUCCCCUCUCCCCCCAGAAUGGGGCUAUGCCAUGGCUACUUCCUUCCCAAGCACUUUGCCACACUGGGGACAUCUGGAUGUUUCCCCUCCUGUCCCACCUCCCCAUGGCUCUUGCUGUGAGAAUACCUGAUUCAGUGAGUGUAGCCUGUCUUGCCUGCCAGGAGAUGUGACCUGCUAACCCUGGCAGCUCCAACCCCAAAGCCCCUCAGACCUGCUACACGAAGUCCAGGGUCACAGAGGGGUCCCCUCCUUUAGAAGCUCACCUGGGUGGAAACUCCACAUUGGCUGGGGUUUCCCUAGAAUGCCAGAUACUUGAAACACUGAGCCCUUUGAGUGACAGUAUUAGCUGGUGGCCAUUGUCUCUGAAACGAGAGUGAUGCCUAGAUGUUUUGAUGCUUGAGUCUUUUAUGUAACUUUUUAUCGAGUCUUUGUGUAUCUUUCCUUAUUAAUAAAGAAACAAUGAGAAA